GGGUAAGGAAACAUUGGACAUUGGGUCAACUCUCCGUAAAACAUUUAAAGGGACACUGAGUGGCAUUUAGGGGGAGAGCUGCGGUCGUCUUUAAAGUCCAAAGUCAUGUCGCUCUACUUCAACUAUGAGGAAGUAUUUCCGAAUUAUACCAUCCAUGAAAAUCUAACGCCCUACGUUGUGGAUCCAAAUACGUUAUCAUGUGAGACAGAACCGCUGCCUGCGACACCAGCUCUCACGCUGUGUCUCAUCCUCAUAGCCAUCUUUUUACUGGCCAUACCGGGGAACCUGUUGGUUGGAUGGGUGAUCGGCACCAGCAGACAGGCGCUGACUCCAUCGGACAUGUACUUGUUCCACCUGACGAUAGCAGACGGUCUGAUGGCCCUCACCAUCCCGUUCUGGGCCAUUGCGUUGCUUAAAGGAUGGAUCUUUGGGGACUUCCUGUGCAAGUUCCUCAACCUCGCCUUUGAUGCAAACUUCUACACCAGCAUCCUCUUCCUGGCCUGCAUUAGCAUCGACCGUUAUCUGGUGAUCGUGCACGCGAGUGAGAACGUCGGGACUCGACAGAGGAAGAGCAGCCGGCUCUUGUGCGCGGCGGUUUGGGCCUUCAGUUGGGCCCUCGCUCUUCCCGCUCUUUUCAACGACGCCUUCAAGCAAGCCUCGGACUCAGAGAGGAUGCUCUGCCACGAAACCUUCGACAUCGGCAGCGCCACCUCAUGGAGGAAUGUCACACACGGUUUCCGCCAUAUUUUUGGCUUUUUGCUCCCUCUGUUUGUGAUGAUAUAUUGCUACAGCGUCACCAUCGCCAAGGUGCUGCAAAGUCGAGGUUUCCGGAAGCACCGGGCCAUGAAGGUCAUCAUAGCUGUGGUGGUGAUGUUCCUGCUGUGCUGGAUGCCGUACCACACGACCAUGAUUGUGGACAUCCUCAUGAGGACGGAUCUGAUUAGUUUUGACUGUGCUUUGAGGAUGUCAGUUAACCAGGCUUUGGUGAUAACAAACAGCCUGGCUCUGUUCCACAGCUGCAUCAACCCUGUCCUCUACGCCUUCGUGGGAGAGAAGUUCAGGAAGAAGAUGAUGCAGCUUUUUCAGCAGAAAAACAGACAGGAGCGGGUGUCUAGGACCAGCAGGUCCACAUCGCAGACCUCAGAAGGCAACGGAGCUAUUCUCUAAACUUCAAGUCAAGUCAAAUAUAUUUCACAAAUUCUCUCCUUUCAUUCUGUGCUGCACUGCUGCCAUCUAUUGAAUGUACUGUUGUUUACAUGUCUACUAUUGAACCGUCUCACUUUUCCAGCAUCUGAUGUUCAUUUUCUUCUUAAUCACCGUGACUAUACUUUCAUAAAUCCAAUGUUUCUGUGUUUAUUGAA